AUAUAACCAGGGAUGCAAACAUACCCGCUACAGUAAGACCGCACUGCUUGGGAUGUCGAAGCAGCGGUGGGCUUGGCCACACUCCGAUCCUGAGGUUAAAUUAGUGAAGAUGAACGAUGAGGAAAUCAUAAAGCAGCGCCUGCUGAUUGAUGGCGACGGCACUGGAGAGGAUCGAAGGAUAGUUGUACUGCUGAAGCAGUUCUUGAAAUGGGCCAACGCCAAAAACGACUCGCCGGAGAUGGAAGCAAACCCAAUCAUGUAUGACCGCCUGAUGGCCCAGUUCGCCCAGUGCAAGCUUACUGCAAUGAAAAAUGUUCAGACUUUACAGAUGAUUGCUGCGGAGAGGCACAACUACAGCAAGCUGGUGGAGCAGCAUGAGCAUAGUAUAGUUUUGGCAAAGGAAGAGAUUGAAGCCAGCAAGAAGGAGCUUAUAACCGCAAAGCAGAUUCGCAAGAACAAGAUGGAGUACGACUUGCUGGCAUCGCUCAUUCAACAACAGCCGGACCGUAACGGCACCCAAAAGCAGAUCGAGAGGAUCAGGAGGGAGAUUGAUGACCUGGUGCAGAAGAAGCUUAAGAUGGAGCGCAAAUUCCAGAAGCGCCGCAACGACUUCACUUUGCUUAUGUACACGAUCCACGAGCUGGAACAACAGUUGGACCAGGAUAACAGCUCAUCCUCGUCAUCGUCGUCUUCCUCUUCAUCAUCUAGCGAGAGUGAUGCCCGUUCAGAGCCAGAGCUAGACGACAAUGGCAUCAUGGAGGUCAGUGACGAGGACGAUCUCAAUAACAGCAGUCCAGCCAAGUUCGACGGAGUCCGCGGCGACUCCAAAUUCCACGGCGCCUCCACGGAGGACUACAAAGCCAUGUCCGUGGAGGAAGACACUGUGCUCGAGUUGAGCAUUGAAAAGGACGAGCAUGACGUGGAUGUUGCAGUAGCAAGUUAGGUUAAAAGCGCGAGCGUAAAAAAAACCCAAAAAUGCAAAAUCAUUAAAGAUAAAAUUUAGAAAGUUGCA